UGUUAUCGGCAGACAGCUGACUGGCGGCAGCAAAAUUUAUAAACAAACUUUGGAAAUUUGCGAAUUUCAUACAAAAUGGACUACGAUUUUAAGAUGAAAACGCAGAUGGAGAGGACCAAGGUGGAGGACCUGUUCAACUACGAGGGCUGCAAGGUGGGACGCGGCACCUACGGCCACGUAUACAAGGCCAAGUGGAAGGAGACGAGCGAUGGUAAAGAGUAUGCGUUAAAGCAGAUCGAUGGCACCGGACUGUCCAUGUCCGCCUGUCGCGAGAUUGCACUGCUGCGCGAACUAAAGCACCAGAAUGUAAUCACACUCAUCCGGGUUUUCCUCUCGCACAACGACCGCAAGGUGUUCUUGCUGAUUGACUACGCGGAGCAUGACCUGUGGCACAUCAUCAAGUUCCAUCGGGCGGCAAAGGCCACCAAGAAGCAGGUGGUGGUGCCGCGCGGCAUGGUGAAGAGUCUGCUCUACCAAAUCCUUGAUGGCAUUCACUAUCUGCACAGCAACUGGGUUCUGCACCGUGAUUUGAAGCCAGCCAAUAUUUUGGUGAUGGGGGAUGGUAAUGAACGCGGACGUGUUAAGAUCGCCGAUAUGGGUUUUGCACGUCUGUUUAAUGCUCCACUGAAACCGCUGGCGGAUCUGGAUCCCGUGGUGGUCACAUUUUGGUAUCGCGCCCCGGAGCUACUGCUGGGCGCUCGCCACUACACCAAGGCCAUCGAUAUCUGGGCUAUUGGUUGCAUCUUUGCCGAGCUGCUCACCUCGGAGCCGAUAUUCCACUGCCGGCAGGAGGACAUCAAGACGAGUAAUCCGUAUCAUCACGACCAGCUGGAUCGCAUCUUCAAUGUGAUGGGCUUUCCGCAGGACAAGGACUGGGAGGACAUCAAGAAGAUGCCGGAGCAUCACACGCUGACCAAGGACUUUAAGCGCUCAACCUACUCCACCUGCUCGCUGGCCAAGUAUAUGGAGCGUCAUAAAAUCAAGCCGGACAGCAAGGCUUUUCAUCUUUUGCAAAAGCUACUGCUGAUGGAUCCCAACAAGCGUAUUACCUCUGAGCAGGCAAUGCAGGAUCAGUACUUCCAGGAGGAGCCGCUGCCAACGCAGGAUGUGUUUGCUGGCUGCCCCAUACCCUAUCCCAAGCGUGAGUUCCUUACUGAUGAUGACCAGGAGGACAAGUCGGACAACAAGCGGCAGCAGCAGCAGCAACAACAACAGCAGCAGCAGCAACAACAACAACAACAGCAGCAACAACAGCAGCAGCAGCAGCAAAUGAACUCUGAACCAAAUGCCAAGCGUGUUAGGUUGUCUGGUGCUGGUCAGCAGCAGGACUUCCAUCACCAGCAGCAGGCUCAGCAGCAGCAGCAACAACAACAGCAGCAGCAACAACAACAGCAGCAGCAGCAACAACAACAAAUGAUGUUCAAUCAGCAACAGAAUUUCCAGCAACGCUUCAACUAAGCAAAGACUGAAUAAGGCAGCAUUUCUAUCCACCACUCCGAAUUACCUUAGCCUUCUAAGUAUUUAAUGACUUUUUAGCUUUUAACAAACAAGAAAAAAUAUAAGGGAAAGUAUGAAACCUA